CCUGAGACGUAACUGCAGCCAAACUGCAUCCAGACUGAUGAGAGGAGUAGGAGCAGAGCUCAGCAGCACAGGAUUACAGACAGAUUAUUCCUACCCCAAGAGAACACUGAGCUCACCUUUACACCCCAGCCUCCCAGACAGUUCCCUUUUUAUAGGAGCAAGGUGAAGUUUUACAGAUAUCCGACAUAAAGGGCAAAAAUUACCACCAUGAAUGACGUGGCCCAAAAGGCAGAGAUUCUGCUUUCUACAUCUAAGCCUGUCCAAAAAACCUACGUACCUAAAAUUGGCAAGGGUGAUGUAAAGAAUAAAUUUGAAGCUAUGCAGAAAGCAAGAGAAGAAAGAAGCCAACGAAGAUCCACAGAUGAAAAACAACGCAGAAAAGAGCAGUAUACUAGAGAAAGAAUUUGGAACAAAAGGAAGCAAGAGUUAAAGGAACUACUUGCUUCAGAUGAAGAAGAAGAAAAACAGCCAAAACAAGUGGAUAAGGGUUAUGUCCCCAAAUUAACAGGAACCGUUAAAGGAAAAUUUGCAGAAAUGGAAAAGCAAAGACAUGAAGAAGAGAGAAAGAGAAUGGAAGAAGAAAGAAAACGUAGACUUGAACAGGAUUUGAAGGAGAAACGAAAGAUAGAAAGAGAACUGGCCAAAAAAGCAGAGGAAAUUGGUGACAAUAACUGUACUGGAAGUGACUCGGAUAUGGAGGAAGGAACUGAUGAGGUAGCUCUAACAGACAUGCCAGUAAAAUCAAACAAAUCACCAGGGAAAAUUAAUGUAAAUUUUGAAGAUAUAGAAAAAGGAAGGGAAGAAGAGCAAAAGAAGAAACACGAAGAAGAGAAAAAGAGAAGAUACGAUGAGCACAGGAGAUCAUUCAGGGAAGCUAAGCGACGGUCAACGGCUAUGGAUGAAAACGAGACUCAGGACAAAAAGACCAAAGAACAAAUAACCCCGGGAAAAUUAAAGUUAACAUUCGAAGAGAUAGAAAAACAGAGACAGGAACAACAAAAAAAGCAAGCUGAGGAAGAGUCACGUCAGCGUUUGGAGGAAGAAAGACGAGCGUUUGAAGAAGCAAGGCAGCAUAUGGUUACUGAGGAAGGGGAAGAUCACUCAAUGAAUACAAAUAAAGAAGAACUUCACCCGGGGAAACUGAAGUUGAGUUUUGAGGAAUUAGAAAGACGAAGAAAAGAGGACGAAAAGAAGAAAGUGGAAGAAGAAGCAAGAAAAAGGAUAGAGGAAGAAAAAAGAGCAUUUGCUGAAGCAAGAAAAAACAUGGUAACUCAGGAAGAAGAUAAUGAUGAUUUACUUGAAUCUACAAAGGAUAUUAGUCAACCUGGAAAACUUAAACUGAGUUUUGAAGAACUGGAAAAGCAGCGUCAGGAGACAGAGCACAGGAAAGCAGAAGACGAAGCACGGAAGCGUUUGGAAGAGGAGAGGAAACUGUUUGCAGAAGCCAGAAAAAGCAUGGUUUCUGAUGAAGAAAAUGGAGACCUUUGCAAAUCUGCUUCUCAAGAGUCUCUUGCACCGGGUAAACUAGACAUGAACUUUGAGGAACUACUUAAGCAAAAAAUGGAUGAAGAAAAAAGACUGAAAGAGGAAGAACGGAAACAGAAACUGGAAUUAGAAAAACAAGCAUUUGCACUUUUGAGACAGGAAAUGGGCGAGGAGGAAAUAAAUGAGAGUUCUGAAGUUAUAAGCAGAGAAUAUGAAGAGCUGAGUAAAUUAAAAAGAACUGGAUCAAUUCAGGCAAAAAAUCUAAAGAGCAAAUUUGAAAAGAUAGGGAAAUUGUCUGAAGAAGAAAUACAGAAAAAGAUAGAAGAAGAGAGGUUAAGAAGAAAAGCCCUGGACCAGGAACUCAAAGAACGGGAGGCAGAACAUUUUCAUGAGGAGGAAGAUGUGGAUGUCAGGCCAGUAAUAAAAAGUCAUGCUCCAUUUUCACACAAAGUUAACAUGAAACAACGAUUUGAACAAAUGGCUAAAGCCAGAGAAGAAGAGGAGCAGAGAAGAAUUGAGGAACAAAAACUACAACGUAUGCAGUUUGAACAGAAGGAAAUUGAUGCUGCUUUACAAAAGAAAAAAGAAGAGGAUGAUGAAGAUGAAGCAAGCAUUAAUGGGUCACAGUAUGAAGAUGAAGAACUUGCUCGGUCUGGAAGCACCCUGGUUUUAAAAAAACCCCUAAAAAAUAUGUCUGUUGUAGAUUGUGAAGCAGUACGGUAUACAGUUAAAAUAACAGGGGAACCAAAACCUCAAGUUACAUGGUGGUUUGAAGGUGAAAUGCUACAGGACUGUGAAGACUAUCAAUAUAUCGAAAGAGGGGAAACCUUACUGCCUCUACUUACCGGAAACAUUUCAGAAGAUGACGGCGAAUACAUGUGCAAAGUAGGUGAACAGCAGAGGAAACAGCAGCUAGCAGCUGUAUUCUCAGACAUAGAAAGUAAGAGCCUUGCCUUAAUCAUGUUGAAAGGCAUCUCUAAUGAAACUUAUCUUAAACUUUCUAUUCUCAUUCUCUCCCUUUUCGUUUCUUGCUCUGCUGAUGACUAUUAA